CUUGGAUGACUUACAUUUCAAAUUGGUUUGAGCAAGAUGAUUGGUAUGAAGGACUACAAAGACUGGACUUUUCUUUUUAUUAAUGAGUGGAACCAAGAGCCAGAGUAUCUUCCUGCAGUGUCUGCAGCUUUCCUCCCUGUCGAGUCAGACGGCAAACAAUACCAAAGAUAGGAAGCGGCAAACAUGUCCCAGGUCAGGCAGGUGGGACUGCUGGCCGCGGGAUGUCAGCCGUGGAACAAGGAUGUGUGUGCUGCCAGCGGAGACAGGUUUGCCUACUGCGCCACUCUGGCCAUCUAUAUUUACCAGUUGGAUCACCGUUAUAAUGAAUUCAAACUUCACGCAAUUAUGUCUGAACAUAAAAAAACAAUCACAGCUAUCUCUUGGUGUCCACAUAACCCUGAUGUGUUUGCAAGUGGCAGUACCGAUAAUUUAGUGAUCAUUUGGAAUGUUGCAGAACAAAAAGUCUUGGCUAAGCUCGACAAUACAAAAGGGACACCUGCCUCUCUCAGCUGGUGCUGGAACGCAGGUGAAGCCGUGGCCUUUGUUUCCCACAGAGGCCCACUGUUCAUCUGGACCAUCUCAGGCCCAGAGAGUGGAGUGACUGUGCACAAGGAAGCUCACAGCUUCUUGUCUGAUGUCUGUGUAUUCAGAUGGCAUACCCAGAAAAAGGGAAAGAUUGUAUUUGGUCAUAUUGAUGGAAGCCUAUCAAUUUUUCAACCAGGUAAUAAAAGUCAGAAACAUGUUCUGAGACCUGAAUCUCUUGAAGGGACAGACGAAGAGGACCCAGUGACAGCUGUGGAAUGGGACCCACUGUCUACCGAUUAUCUCCUUGUGGCUAAUUUGCAUUUUGGAAUUCGCCUGCUAGAUUCAGAAUCACUUUAUUGCAUAACAACAUUUAAUUUUCCCAGUGCAGCAGCUUCUGUGCAGUGCUUGGCCUGGGUUCCCAGUGCUCCUGGGAUGUUUGUAACUGGGGAUUCUCAAGUGGGUGUUUUGCGCAUUUGGAAUGUUUCAAGAACAACACCUAUUGAUAAUUUUAAAUUAAAGAAAACAGGGUUUCACUGCUUACAUGUGCUUAAUUCUCCUCCAAGAAAAAAAUUUUUAGCCCAGUCUCCAACUAAAAAUCAUUAUAUGUCCUCGACAAGCGAAGCAGUUCCACAGCCGACUUUGACACAGAAUCAAGCAUUUUCUCUUCCUCCCGGGCAUGCAGUGUGCUGUUUCUUGGAUGGUGGUGUUGGACUUUAUGACUUGGGAGCCAAGAAAUGGGACUUCCUUAGGGACUUGGGACAUGUGGAAACGAUCUUUGACUGCAAAUUCAAACCUGAUGAUCCCAAUCUUCUAGCAACAGCUUCUUUUGAUGGCACUAUAAAAGUCUGGGACAUAAACACACUAACAGCUGUGUACACCUCCCCGGGUAAUGAAGGGGUUAUUUACUCCCUAUCAUGGGCCCCAGGUGACUUAAACUGUAUUGCUGGAGCAACUUCCCGAAAUGGUACCUUUAUUUGGGAUGUCAGAAAGGGCAAAAUGGUGCAACGAUUUAAUGAGCAUGGAAAAAAUGGAAUAUUCUGCGUUGCCUGGAGUCAUAAAGAUUCCAAAAGAAUAGCCACCUGCAGUGGGGAUGGCUUCUGUAUUAUUCGAACAAUUGAUGGUAAAGUGCUACACAAAUACAAACAUCCAGCUGCGGUAUUUGGUUGUGAUUGGAGCCAGAACAACAAAGACAUGAUAGCCACUGGCUGUGAAGAUAAAAAUGUUCGUGUUUAUUAUGUGGCCACCAGCUCUGAUCAACCACUAAAAGUAUUUAGUGGACAUACUGCAAAAGUGUUCCAUGUUAAAUGGUCUCCUCUGAGCGAGGGAAUUCUUUGUAGUGGUUCUGAUGAUGGUUCUGUUCGAAUCUGGGAUUAUACUCAAGAUGCUUGCAUAAACAUUCUUAGUGGCCACACUGCGCCUGUGAGGGGAUUAAUGUGGAAUACCGAGAUUCCGUAUCUCCUCAUAUCUGGCAGCUGGGACUACACUAUAAAAGUAUGGGACACCCGAGAAGGAACCUGUUUGGAUACUGUUUGUGAUCAUGGUGCAGAUGUAUAUGGUUUAACAUGUCAUCCCAGCCGCCCCUUCACUAUGGCCUCUUGCUCCCGUGAUUCUACAGUGAGACUUUGGUCAUUAACACCUUUAAUCACUCCUUUACUAAUAAAUAUUCUGGCAGACAGAUCUUGGGAAGAAAUUAUCGGGAACACUGAUCAUGCUAUAGAACAAGGCAGUCCUCCUCUACUGUGUGGUAAAGUGUCAAGAGAUAUUAAACACGAAAUAGAGAAACUAACUGGUAAUCCUCGAGCAAAAAAACUAAGAUGGUUUUCAGAAUGUUUAUCACCUCCGGGUGGCAGUGACAAUUUGUGGAAUUUAGUGGCUGUGAUCGGAGGACAGGACGAUAGCCUGCUUCCUCAGAACUACUGUAAAGGAAUAAUGCAUUUGAAACAUCUGAUUAAGUUCCGAAUGUCUGAAGCCCAAGAAUUGACAACAGUCAAGAUGUCUAAAUUUGGUGGUGGCAUUGGGGUCCCCACUAAAGAGGAAAGGCUGAAGGAAGCUGCUGACAUACAUUUGAGAUUAGGACAAAUUCAGAGAUACUGUGAACUGAUGGUUGAACUUGGAGAGUGGGACAAAGCCUUGUCCGUCGCUCCAGGGGUGUCUGUGAAAUACUGGAAGAAGUUAAUGCAGAGGAGAGCGGAUCAGUUAAUCCAGGAAGACAAGGAUGAUGUCAUUCCAUACUGCAUCGCCAUUGGUGAUGUGAAAAAAUUAGUCGACUUUUUUAUGUCAAGAGGUCAGCUUAAAGAAGCUCUGCUUAUUGCACAGGCUGCUUGUGAGGGAAACAUGCAGACCUUACAUGUUUCUACACCGAAAGGAUCUUCAUCUUCCGAUGAUAUCUACAAGGAGGACUGUAAUGAACUCCUGCACAAAGUCAGUGAAGAACUAUCGGAGUGGUAUUUUCGGGACGGGCGGGCCGUGCUAGCUGCGUGCUGCCAGCUAGCUGUAGAUAACACCGAGCGUGCUAUGGCGUACCUGAUCCGCGGGAAUGAGCUGGAACUGGCCGUGUGUGUGGGCACCACGCUGGGGGAGGCCGCGGCCCCCGGCACCCACUACGCCCUAGAGUUGUUGGCAAGAAAAUGCAUGAUGAUUCCCACAUGCUUUCCAUCUGUUGGAUACAGGAAUCUGGCGGCCGAUCUGCUGCUGAUGACUCCUGACAACGAGCUGCAGCUGGUCAAACUCUGCGCCUUCUACCCAGGCUGCACUGAAGAGCUGAACGAUCUUCGUGAGAAGUGCAAGCUACCCACGGUAGAGGAAUGCAUGCAGUUAGCGGAGACAGCCCAUGCAGAUGGUAAUAUAUUUGAAACUGUGAAAUACUACUUGUUAAGUCAGGAACCUGAAAAAGCCCUUCCUAUUGGUAUUGAUUUCAUUAAAGAAUACAUCACUAGUUCAAAUUGGACAUUGGAUACCAUUUAUCCUGUUCUUGACCUGCUGAGUUAUAUUCGUACUGAAAAAUUAGUCUUGCAUACGUGUACUAAAGCUCGAAAUGAAUUGCUUAUAUUGUGUGGUUAUAUUGGGGCACUGUUGGCUAUCAGAAGACAGUACCAAAGCAUCGUUCCAGCACUUUAUGAAUACACAAGUCAGCUGUUAAAGCGUCGGGCGGUGUCAGUGCCUUUAAAAAUUGAGCACCUUUCGGAGGAGUUGGACGCAUGGAGAGCUUGCACACAGUCCGUCAGCCGAUCAUCGGAAGAGUCUGCCUAUACACCCCCUUCUGAUUCACAAAAAAUGGUUUAUGCAACUUUACUAAAGAGACUAGAACAAGAACCACUCAGAGGAAUUGUUGGACCAGAUUACGUGACUGGAUCAAAUCUGCCCAGUCAUUCUGAUAUCCACAUCUCUUGUCUUACGGGAUUAAAAAUCCAGGGCCCUGUAUAUUUCCUUGAAGAUGGGAAAUCCACUAUCUCCCUGAAUGACGCUUUGAUGUGGGCAAAGGUGAACCCAUUCUCACCGUUAGGGACUGGAAUACGACUCAACCCAUUUUGACAGAAAGGUUUAAUUUUUAAUUUUAAUUUUAAUUUUUAAUUUUAAUUGUUUAAUUUUUCUUUUUUAAAGACCUUUUGUGGGUUAGUAUUACUUUAGUCUUUGUUGUCCAAGAGCCAAAGGUUGAGGGGAGCGGGGAUGGCGGGGAAUAGGAGUUGACUUUAUAAAUUAACUUCAAAUAAUAAAAUAUUUAUAUGAUUUCAUGGAAAAAUAGAUGUGUCCUUUAUAAAAUAGAAUAGCUAUAUUAGGGAGAAAGAUAAUAUUUAAAUUAUAAAAGGCUGAAGUAUAUAAAAGAGCAUAUAAGUUUCAUAAAGUUACCAAAGUUUCAUAAAAGUACCAAAAUAUUAUAUUGUUGAAACAUUGAAACAUAUUAAAUAAUGCAACACCCACAAUAGUGCUUGACAUAGAAUAAGUACUUACUGAAUAUUGGAAUGACUGAGUGUUUUGAGAUAUCAAUGUAAGGUAUGUAUGACGGACCUUCAGGUUAACCAACACCCAUACUGUCCUCCGUAAAAUAUAUAGUAAACCAGUCGUUUCAGAUCAUAUUUAGUAAGUUUCCGGUAAUGAGUUUGAUAUGUAUCAAUAAAUGGGUACACGGUCAAAAUACUUCCGAGUUUUAUUAUUUUUUAAAGAAAGCAUUACCAAGUCUUUUGAACUGAAAGUAAAUGUCCAGUUAUAAAGGAAUAGGGUCUAUAAGCAUAGUAAAAAUUGAGGAGUAAAAAACACAAAUGCAGUUAAAUCUGUAUGAGAAUUUACAGGUAUGUAGGAUAUUAGUUUUUAUUACCAUUUAAUAUUUACAGUAAUUUCUAAUUGAUUUAUAUUAACUCUAUAACAUAAUUUAUUUGAAAAAAUUAGCUUUAAAGAAAUUUCUGUAAGUACAUAUUAGUUGAAAUUUGGGGUAUAUUAUAAACUCAAGUUUUUUUUAAGUAUUAAAAGAGCAAAACUAUUAAAAAAAAAAAAAAGCCUGAGAAAUGGCUGCAAGUAUUUCAGUUGCACUAGAAUUCUCACUCAGAGGUCUAUGAAAUUAAUGCAUUACUCGGAAGAACGGUACUUUGAUACUCAGACUGUUUUACAGAAUUUAUAAUAUAGAUGUUUUUGUCUUACUAAAGAGUGAGUUCCUAUAAUUAGAAUAAUUGUGGUUUUUAUUAUCUUUAAACUUGUUGCACUUAAAAUAAUUUUAAAAUUUUCUUUAACAAGAUUCUUAAAACCGAAAACAAUAUAUAUUAUGUAUAUAUCUAUUGCAUUGACCAGCUCUGUCAAAAAGAUGUUACAGGCCUAAAUUCUAUUUUAUAAAAAAAAUUUUAAUGAACAUUACAGAAGAGAAUGUAUGCAGUGCAUCAAAAGUAUGAAACUUUUUAAAAUCCUUAGUGAUAGGCAUAACUCAAAAUUUUUUAGAUGAGGCAGAUUUUUCAUUAGCAUGUAUGUAGUAAAAUCUUUUCAUUCAUAUAUAGCAGUUGAACUCCCACUAUAAUUCUUUUUAUUUUUGUUUUAAAAUAGAUUAAGAAGCCUAUAUUAUGUGCUUUAACUGCUUUAAAAGAUCCACUGACUGUAAGUUAUACAUAUAUAAAUGAUUGUUUCCUUCUUCAUUUUAAAUAUUUUAUGUAUAAACUAUGAAAAAUUCAUAUAACUCUUUAGCACAUGAAGACAAUAGAGUAACCCAAUUUGUGUCUAAAAUCUAAAUUGGAUUGAUUCAAGUACAAAUCUGUUAUUCUGACUUCUACAGUGUUCUAUACCUUAUUACCAAUUAUAACUAUGAAUUCCUCAUAGAACUGUGUCAUUUGAUCAUGUCAGUUUGCAUCUCUUAUGCCUUAAUAUGAAAAACAAAGCAAUUUUUUAAAUUUAUAAAAGGUUUUCUAUUGUUAAAUUUCAUAUGCAUGAAACCCAAAUAAUAUGAACUUAUUUUACUACUAGAAGAUGUCUAUAUUACUGAUGUGUACAAAUUAUUUUCCAAGUUUAAUUAUGCUUUUAUGAAAGAAGUCUCAUUAGACAAUGGUUUUAAUAGCAUUGGAAAAAUAUUUUGCCUAUAAAAAUUACCAGAUGGUUAACACAGUUGCAACAUCAAAAUGAGUUAUAGGGCGCCUGGGUGGCCACUGCCUUCGGCUCAGGUCAUGAUCUCAGGGUCCUG